AUGGCGGAAGUUCUAAAUGAAGAACAGAUUAUUGAAUUUCAAGAGGCUUUCAAUCUUUUUGACAAAGAUGGAGAUGGUUGCAUUACCAUUGAAGAAUUAGCCACGGUGAUCAGAUCUUUGGACCAAAAUCCAACCGAGGAAGAACUUCAUGAUAUGAUCAAGGAGGUCGAUUCCGAUGGAAAUGGGACCAUAGAAUUUACAGAAUUUUUGAAUCUAAUGGGCAAAAAAAUGAAGGAAACUGAUGCAGAGGAGGAGCUUAAAGAAGCUUUCAAAGUGUUUGACAAGGAUCAAAAUGGUUACAUAUCAGCCAAUGAGCUAAGGCACGUGAUGAUCAAUCUGGGGGAAAAAUUAACAGACGAAGAGGUUGAACAGAUGAUCAGAGAAGCUGAUUUGGAUGGUGAUGGUCAAGUCAAUUAUGAAGAAUUUGUAAAGAUGAUGAUGACUAUUGGAUAG